AUGGAACCGGGCAUGAAAGGAGGUAGCAGAGCGGGGCUCCAUUGUGAAGCCUGUCAUCCUUAUGAACCAUUUAAGUGCCCGGGAGACGGAGCAUGCAUAUCAAUCCAAUAUUUGUGCGACGGUGCUCCAGACUGCUUAGAUGGCUACGAUGAGGAUUCUAGGUUGUGUACCGCAGCUAAACGACCUCCGGUGGAAGAAACAUCAUCAUUCCUUCAAUCACUGAUCGCUAGCCAUGGACCUAACUAUUUGGAGAAACUAUUUGGAAGUAAAGCUCGUGAUGCUCUAGCACCUCUUGGAGGAGUUGAAAAAGUUGCAAUUACUCUUUCAGAGUCACAAACUAUUGAGGAUUUUGGAGCAGCACUUCAUCUUAUGAGGUCAGAUUUGGAGCACCUGCGUUCGGUAUUUAUGGCUGUCGAGAAUGGAGACUUGGGAAUGUUGAAGAGCCUUGGUAUUAAAGAUUCAGAGCUGGGUGAUGUUAAAUUCUUUCUGGAAAAACUGGUUAACACUGGUUUUCUUGAUUAAGCAGUAUUUUGAGAUCAAAGACCCUCCAGAAUCUCUGAUCAAUUUAACAAAUCAACGAUACAUUUCUCUUGAAUUUAUUUAUAAAAAUUAUUCUGAAAGUUGUAAAUAUUUCCUGCCAUCUUUCUUCCAAAAAAUCGAGAAAAAAAAAUCUUCUUAUUCUUUAUGUUAUGUUACAUAAGGUAGCCAUAGGAUGUGUUAAAUAUCUAAUGUUUACAAACAUAUCUUAAAUUAAACAUAUCAAUGUAAUCGAUACAUAUCAAAUGAAGUGAUGUUAUGAUAUAUUAAAUAUUUUUAAAUACUUUGAUCCCUUGUGCUAGGUUUCCUCAGCUAAUGCAGCUUUAUGUAAAGUGCUUUUAGAAUAGCUUUUAAGAGAUUACUUUUUGAACAUUUGUUACCAAAUUUAGGAAAGUGUGUGAUACUUCUAUAUUCACUUCACACAGCCACACUGAUAAAUAAAUAUUAUUUGCUUAUUUUGUCAUCGAUGAUCACUAGCAAGGCAAUAAUUUGAGAUUGCGUAUAUAUCAUUGGAAAAUUACUUCCUUUGAGGGAACAAACAUAUAAUGCUUUAACAAAUAUAAUUAUGGAAUAAUCUAAAAAUAGUAUGUAGAUUUUAAUGGAAUUAAUCGGCAUAAUCUUAAUAUUUAAAAACACAUUGGUAAAACUAACAUAUCAACUCCGUCCUACAAAAUAAAAACACUUAUUUUCAAAAUAUCUUUAAAAUGUGACUAUUACAUCUAUGAAAAUUAUUACCUCAAAGGAGUCUCGUUUUAAAAUCAAAAAAGUCAAAAAUUAGAUUAGCAAAUAAUGAAACAAUAUUUAUAUUCCUGUUAGUUGAUGCUAUUGGAUGAUUUCAUAAAUUUUAAAAGAUACUUUUUGGAAAAACUGUUUUGGAAAAUGUAUAUAGGUAAACCAAUAACACUUAUGUAUACCUAUUGAACAUUUAUCAGGCUGUGGUCCUAAUAAAUAGUGAGAUAAAAAAAUAAUAUUUAUAUAACUUCUGCAUGGUUAUAAAUAUAUUAUGUCUAACCAUUAUAAUGUUUGUACUGUUUCUUCAUCAGUUACAAUUAUUAUAUUCAUUAAGUUGAAAAUAUAAAAUUAAACAAUUGUCAAUUUGUAAUAUAAUUAAUGUUCAGCUGUUAUAUAUAUAUUAUAUAUAUUUAGAACUCAAACACCAGUAAAAUAAGAAAAAAACAUUUAGUACUUAAUCUGAUUGUUGUGUGAUAAAUAUUUUAAAUAGAACUUAUAAUAUCUCUUAAUUAAUUGUUUUCUUCAAGCUUCGUAAAAUAGCUUUUAGCAUGAUAACUGUUUUAGAAUUAAUUAAUUAAGAUAGAAAUACUUAGCUCAAGGGAUCCCUAAGGAUAAUUCUAUUUCUAUUUGACUGUAAUCCAUAAUUUAAAAUAAAACAUAUCAUUUUAUUACAUAUCAACCAACUGAGAAGAAACACAGCAAGCAGAAAAGAAUAAUCUAGAUAACGGCCUGACACUGAAUGAUAUCUUAGACAGUGCCUACUGUGUUUUUUCAAGAAGAUAUAUGUAGUAUAUUGUUGAUUUAUUAUAUAUACAUAUAAAUAUAUAUUGUUUUCUUCAAGUGUAUUUUAAAUAUAACAACUAAAAUCUCUGUAUUUUCGCACUAUAUUAAUUUAUUUUCCAUUCCAUACCUAAUUAAACUACCAAUACAUUGAAAAAAAAAAAAAGUGUAGUCAUUUUUAGUAUGUAAAAUUUUUGUGAAGAAAUGUCAGCCCACCAUUGAUGGAUUAGACGAAACAUUAGAAAUUGUUAAAUUUAAUAAGUUUUAAUAGUAUUUUGAAAAUAAUAUAUAGAAACUUUCUGUUUCUCCCAAUAUAAAUUUAUUUUUUAAAAAUAUAUAGAAUGCAUUCGUCAUUUGUUGAGUUGUAUUAUUAGAAUUAAAGAUAUGUGUAUUAUCUUGUGUUUUGUUGUUUGUAAUAAUAAAGAAGCAAUUUUUCAACAUAAUUAAAUUUUUCAUCAAUUGAAUGAAUAUGUUCAAGAAUUAAAUAACUAAUAGAAAUUUUAAUCAUAUUCUUCAAAAUAGGACUAUAAAUUGGAAAGUGUAUGACAG